GGAGCACCUGCUCUCUCUCUCUCUCUCUCUCUCUCUCUCUCUCUCUCGCAUUCUCCCCGGCGGUGGGGUGGGUCGGCGGACCGUUCGCGCGCUCUCUUGGUAUUCGAAGGAAUUGGUGCCUGUGGCGACUGUGGUGGGAAGCGAAAGGCGGGCGGGAGUUGAAGCGCGGGAGGGGAGGGGGGCGAAGGACCGCCGUUCCUCCUACCGCAGCGAGAGGCGCCUUUGCUUUUGCUUCGCGCCUGGAUGGCUUCCUUAGCCCUUUCCCUGAGAGGACUGGCCGAGACUUCUUGGAGGAAGGAGUAAAGAGGUGGGGGGAGAGAGAGAGAAGGAAGGGGAGUAGGCUUUCCCAGAAAUGGAGAUAAAAACAUCAGCUCGGACCUGCAAGACCCGACUCUCCAGAAAUCCCCAGAGCGCUGCCCUUCUUUGAACCACCUUUUCUUUUUGCACGUGUCCUCUGACCUCCCCCUUCACGCGUGUUGGUCACCGUUGGCGAUCCCCGGCUCUUGUAAGCCACCUCCUGAGCCUUCUAAAGCAGCCCCUCCGGUGAGUCCUAUCUGAACCGUCUCACACACCCCAAUCCCCCCAAAAAAACCCGUACCCCACCCCCGUUGUUUUUAGGACAUUAAAAAAAAAAACUUCUGAGGGACCGUUUUAUUUUUUUAAGGAGCCGUUUGAAUAGAGGCUGGAGGCUUCCUUCCCCUCCCGCCCUCCGUUCCUCCUGCCCGAGCAGCCUUCUCCCCUUUCCCUCCUCGCUUCUCUGCCGUACAAAGAAGUCUUUAAAAAGAAAUCCCUUGGUCGCCCGCUAGCUUGCUGGGGUUGUGCCAGUCCUUCUCCGGCGAGCGCUACCGUAGGAUCUUUUCUCUGGACAGCGCAAAGAAUCUGAGCUGGACAGAAGGAGAGGACAGACGGGCCCGCCUGGUUCCCAAGGGCUUUUUUGUAAUGAGGCUUUGGCAUAGGUGAGGGGUACCAUUGUCAACAAUAGAUUUCUAGAGAUUCUUUUAAAGGACUGCUUCAACUUCAGUUCAAAGAAUGAGAAUGCCUUGUUUCUCUGUUCAGCUUGGAGAUCAAAUUAUGACAUCAUCAUCCAAAGGAAUUUUCCGGCCAUUUCUAUUUCUCUUCAUUGUGCUUGGCUGUUUCAUGGCCUGUCUGCUGAUCUAUAUCAAACCCACAAGUGGAUGGAUCUCUAGUCCUAUUGAAUCAGCCAGCUCGGUUCUAAAGAUGAAGAAUUUCUUCUCAACCAAAAGUGAUUACAUUAAUGAAACAACAAUUCUGAUAUGGGUUUGGCCAUUUGGACAGACAUUUGAUCUGAAAUUCUGUCCCACUUUUAAUAUCCAUGGAUGCCAUCUGACAACGGACCGCACACUAUAUAAUCGGUCUCAUGCAGUUCUCAUUCACCAUAGAGAUAUUAGCUGGGAUCUGACUAAUUUACCUCAGCAGCCUAGACCUGCAUUUCAGAAAUGGAUCUGGAUGAACCUGGAAUCUCCAACCCAUACUCCACAAAAGAGUGGUAUCGAACAUUUGUUCAAUUUGACCCUCACCUAUCGCCGGGAUUCAGAUAUUCAGGUGCCUUAUGGCUUCAUGAUAGUCAGCACAAAUUCCUUUGAGUAUGAAAUGCCAAAUAAAGAAAAACUUGUAUGUUGGGUAGUGAGUAACUGGAAUCCUGAGCAUGCUAGAGUUAAGUAUUAUAAUGAAUUAAGUAAAUAUAUAGAAAUCCAUACGUAUGGACAAGCAUUUGGAGAUUAUAUCAGUGAUAAAAAUUUGAUCCCGACUAUUUCCACUUGCAAGUUUUACCUUUCCUUUGAAAAUUCUAUCCAUAAAGACUACAUUACAGAGAAACUCUACAAUGCUCUUUUCGCUGGAUCUGUGCCAGUCGUUCUGGGUCCUCCCAGAGAAAACUAUGAGAAUUACAUCCCUGCUAAUUCUUUCAUACAUGUGGAGGAUUUCCUGUCUCCAAAGGACCUUUCAGAGUACCUUCUGAUGCUUGAUAAAAACACUAAACUGUAUAUUAGCUACUUCAACUGGAGGAAGGAUUUUUCAGUGCGCCUUUCUCGAUUCUGGGAAUCACAUGCAUGUCUCGCUUGUGACCACGUAAAGAGACACCAAGAAUACAAGUCUGUUGGUAAUUUAGAGAAAUGGUUUUGGAACUAAACCGUUAUCCGUUUUUUCCUGCACUUUAUAUUAAGGGGGAGGAAAGCUGUCAAAAUCGCCAUCCCAAGAUGAGGAGAGAGGGGGGAGGAAGUCCUGAGUAAAGCAUUACUGUUUGUCAUCUGGCCUUCUUCUCAAUGUGGAUCAAUAAUUCACUUAAAGCCUUGAAACCUUAACCACUCUCCUUCCUUUCCAGAUAAAGAUGUCUUUCAACAAAAUAAUAGUGGUGUUAUUGGUCACUUUCUGUUUCAUUUAUUUGUUGAAGAAGUGCUCACCAUCUUUCAGACUCUUCCUAUAUUUUAUUGAGCCGAGAUUUUGAAAAGGAAUUAAGAGUAAUAAUCCAACAUUGGCUUUCCCUUCUUUAAACAAUCCAAACUGUGGUGAUUUACUGUUACAUUUUAAUCAUACAUUUACUGUCCCAUGUGGGAAACCAAAAAAUAGCAACAUUUGCAGGAUGUACUUAUGGGAGAUAUGUGAAAUAACUUGGGUGCUUUUAAAGACCAUGACAUGGCUGCAUAAAUUAUGCCAUCCUGAACCUCUGCCACGACAUUGUUUUAUAAUUUGUUGGAAAUCCUGCUAUGUUUGACAGUGUUCACUGAAGAGUAUGCUCUUAUAUAUUAUUUCUUGUUUCAUCAUUUUUGCAAUGCUGCAUCACUGUCAGUUACAUAAGGCAAUCAUGUUUAUAUUGAUUAAAGCAGGGUUUUUUUCUUGCAGGGCAGCAAAAGAAAUUGGGGAGAGGGAUACGAAGCUAAUCAACAUAAAACAACGGGACCAAACUAUUUAUUAUGGUUUAACAAAUAUAAUUUAUGAAAUAGAAUGAUACAUCCGGAUAUCCAGAACAAUGUUUGAUUCUGUUUUAUAAACUAACUUUCUAAAUUGUUUAUAAAUGGUUGUGUCUUGUAAAUUGCUUUUGUUUGUAGAACAUCUUGCUUACUCCAUGGGAAGCAAGCUCAUUCACAGUGAUAGACCCUGGCUUCCAAAUGCCAGACAUGGUGAUCAAAACUUAAAUCGUAUUUUUUUUUUACUGUAAUUGCACUGCAAUGCUAUGGAUAUUAGAAAGGAAUGAGGCUUUGAUCAUUUAGUCACAUCUUCCAUUUUAAAGCCAGUGACUCCCAUUGUGGUUGCUCCAAUGGGAAGACUUGCAUUCAGUUUCACAUGUUUGGUUAAUCCUUCAUCUAUUUCAAUGAUUUUUAAAAAAUCAUUAUAAAAAAUGAUUUUUUGUGUGUGGGAAAAAAAGUAACCAAAAAUGGGAAAAUUAAACUUGCACUGUAAUGCUGGAUAAAAAUAUUUAUCAGUCUGGAUCAGAGGAAGCAAGCUAACCACUCGUUAGUCUAACUUAUAAAUGCGUAAGUCCUUACAAGAUGAGAAGCUUCCUUGGCUUUUGUACUGGUUUCCAAAAAAAAAAAAGUUUAAAAGCCAAUCUAAGACAACAAAUACUAAGUUUCAUUGAGUUUACUUUUGUAUUAAUCCAAUUUUGUAUGCAUUCCCCAAAUGUCCAUUUUGUCACGUUAAAAAGCUUAUAGUAUGGCAAUUCUGAGUUUUUAUCCAACUUUUUCCAGAGGUCCAAUUUGUCUUAGGUCUUAAGAAGGGCAUAAGGGUUUAAGGCUAAGAGUUUAAGUAAUGUUAUUGUCCAUAGUUUA